ACACAAUGAACCGUGGUGCUUAACGUUGAGGUUAGAUAAGGCUGCUGUUUGUUCGUUUUUUAAUUUCUCAUCUUUUUUUUUUUUUUUUUUUUUUUUUUGCUGUCUGAGGAGUUUUUUCACACUUUUCAUUCGCAGCCGGAGUUUGUUUUUUUCAUUUUUAUCUGUGUCAUGAUGCGGAGAUUAGCUGCGGCGUGUCUCCUGCUGUCGCUUCUCAAAGUGUCGGUGUGUAUUCAGGUGAUUGUUCCUCAGCAGGAGCGCAGCACAGCUCUGUUUGCCUCAGUCACCCUCCGCUGCGACUACUCCACCUCUGCAAACCUUCAAGAUGUUCUGGUCACCUGGAGGUACAAGUCCUUCUGCAAAGACCCCGUGCUGGAGUACUACUCCACAGCGUACCAGUCUGCGCUACAGUUGGGACAGGACCCAUCAAAUGACUGUCCAGACCGUCAGCGGACGGUGCGCACAGUGAUCCAGAAGAGAGGAAGCAACGAGCCGACACUGGGAGCAGAGUACCGUGAACGCAGGAUCACCAUCCAAAACAAGGCAGACCUGGUGAUCAGUGAGGUGAUGUGGUGGGAUAACGGGGUGUACUUCUGCUCUGUUGAUGCUGCUGGAGACACCUCUGGAGACUCAGACAAAGAAGUCAAACUCAUCGUUUAUCACUGGUUAGUAGUGUUGUUCAUCAUCAUCGGAGCCCUCCUCCUGAUCAUCCUCUUCUGUGUGUGCUGCUGCCAGUGCUGCCCUCAGAGAUGCUGCUGCUAUGUUCGCUGUCCCUGCUGCCCGCAGCAAUGCUGCUGUCCGGAAAAAGCUGUGAUGCAGCAUCGUAUGAUGAAGGAGGCUCAGAGGGCCAUGGCUCCCUGGGCAGGAGGACAGCCAGUAUAUGUACCAAUGACCCAUGCCUCCUCCCAGAUGAACCCGCUGCUCUACCCAGGAUCUGUUUCAGGGAAGAGCAUCCCUCUGAAGCCCAUGCCCCUCCCUCCUCCUCAGUCCUCAGCUUACAGCAUGCCCCCUCCCAGCGGUAACCACACUCCUGCCAACACCAAUCACAUGCUUGAUUACCUGGAGAGCCAGGUGAGGGGGAUGGACAUGACCAGUCCCCUGCUGCAGCCACCUCCACCCCAGCACAUGCAACAGAUGCCACCUCCUCCCCAGCACAUGCACCACUCGGUCCCAUUUUCACCCGGCCCUCCCAGCAUGAUCUCUGCCCUUGAUGACGGCCCCGCAGAGCGCCGCGGCAUCACACUUCCACCCAUCAGAGAGCCGGGUAGAAUCCCACCUCCCGCACCCAAGACUCGCCCCCCGAGCUCCAGCGAGAGCAGCCGCAGCGGCUUUGGCCGUCGUGACGAGCGAGGAGCAGCGGGCAGGCGUUACCCCUCACCCACCCGGUCCAGAGGUGUUCCCAGGAGCUACAGUGAGGAGUCACUAGACGGACGGGGUCACAACCGGCCACAUGUCGGCAUGGACCGCCCCCGCUCUCGCUCCAGGGAUGACCUGUUUGACAGCAGGUCCAGAGGAAACUACUCCCCUCCAGCAUCACGGCGCACCGGGCGAGGAUCCUGGAGCUCGGAUGAUGAGGGCAGCAGGAGAGGAGGAGGAGGGAGGAGAGGAGGUGGAGGCUGGGUUGACAAACCUCCCAGUUACACCGAGUACGAGCCUGGAAAGAAACCAGGAGGACGGAGGAAUGAACACUACUCUCCUCGCAGUGGCACCAGUGUCGUCAUCUGAGCCCUCCUGAACCUGUUUCAAAGAACGUGCACGCCUCACUAGAACUGGGAGCCUUGUUGUCUGGCUGCUGGUAAACUUUAAUAUGCCAACAUUUUUAUGUAUUGAAAUGAAUCAUGAGCCAACUGUGUUAGCACCAUUUUGAUAAGUGAAAAGCUCGGAGAAGGAUUCGUAAAAUUUUGGCAUAAUCUUUAAAGUGUGCAGGUGGUAAAGCAAAUGUUUGAUGUCCAUAACGAAACCUAUCUGGUAGCCUAAAAGUAGUUCGUUUUUUUUAGAUACUGAUGUAAGGAAACUAUGCAAGUCUUCUGCUAAACAAAUGUUUUUGAGAUUUACCCCCCUCUGCUGGUUCAUCAUUGUAAUAACAAUCUUCUGAGUUGACUCAGACUAAAAGUCUCCUGUUAGAUUAUUCUUAAAUGUCGAUUUAAAGAAUGUUUCUCCUCUUAAAACUUUAUUUGUUUGACAGUAACAUAGUUCAUUCUUAUAAUUGAUGAAGCCAUAAAUGUUCAGUGCAGAAGAAAUAACUCUCAGGGCCGGUAAAUAUAUGAAUUACUAUUGUUAGACCCACAUAAAUAUGAAAAGACUCUUGUGAAUGUUUGAAUUAGCUUUUAGCUUUUUGUUAUUUUUUUUGUAAAUAGUUAACUGAUAUCUCCUGGAUGUCUUGAAGUUACUGUAGUAGAUUUGUUUUUACUAAUGAUUUUAAAGGUGUGCGCCAAUAUCAUGGACACUUAGUGCUUAUAAAUAACUGUAAACAGUGUGUAAAUAAAUUUACAAGGUGUUGCUGAUGUACGAAAUUAAUUAAUAUCAAUAAUGCCCAAAACUUGUUUUAAUUUUUAUAUUACGGUUGUCAGCACAAUCUGAGGAUCUUAUACGCUGUUACUUUUUUCUCUAAUGUACAGCUCUGUUAAUUUGUCUUAUUUCUUUUCAACCCUUUCGGAUGUACCCUGGUAUAUUUAGAAAUACACACUGAACGAAGAAAAAAAACACUUACACGUGGAACCGAAGUUGACGACUUUGCCAUUUAUGUUUUUUUAAGGAUUUUUAUUUCUUUGUAUUUUACACUGUACAGUCAGUUUGUGUUUAUUAAUUAUAUUGAAAAUAAACCUUUUACGUUUUGGGUACAACAGA